CGCGGAUGAAACGAAUAACAGGGAUUCACUUCCGCUACCGGUGUGACGUCACGCGCGGGAUCUCUACUGCCAACGCAGCAAAGCGAAAAACAGGAGAUGUGUAGAUUAUCGGCGUGAUGUUGUCUUAGCGCUGUGACGGAGAGACACAGGGGCUCGGUGUGGAUGGACACUCAGUGAUAAAGCGGAACAAUUCUGUGGAUUAGUCUUUAAAUCAGCUCGUCUCCUUAGAACCAGCAGCUACACCAACCCUCAUCAUCAUCCUCAUCAUCCUCAUCCUCCUCAGCCCAGGUCUUCAGUGCUGUUCAGAUGGCGAGUCCUCGAACCCGACGUGUCCUGAAGGAAGUCAGGACCAAUGAUGGAAAUAACGUAUGCUUUGAGUGCGGGGCAUUUAACCCUCAGUGGGUCAGUGUGACUUAUGGAAUAUGGAUCUGUCUGGAAUGUUCUGGAAAACACAGAGGCCUCGGCGUUCACCUCAGCUUCGUACGCUCUGUGUCGAUGGAUAAGUGGAAGGAUGUGGAGCUGGAGAAGAUGAAGGCUGGAGGAAACGAGAAGUUCCAGUUGUUUCUGGAGCUACAGGACGAUUACAACCCCAACUGGAGUUUACAGGAGAAAUACAACAGCCGAGCUGCAGCACUGUUCAGGGACAAGGUGGUGACUGAGGCAGAAGGUAAAGAGUGGUCUAUUGAAAACUCUGCUGCUAAAAACUGGACUCCUCCUCAGCCCAAGACCAGUCUCUCAUCAUCACACCGCGCAGCAGGCUCGGCUCAGACGUCCUCACACUCUGAUAAGGCAUUUGAGGACUGGCUCAGUGAUGACGUGAACUCGUACCAGGGUGGAGGAAGCGGGGCUCAGGAGAACCGCUACGUGGGAUUUGGGAACACGCCGAAUCCUCCAAAAAAAGACGAAGACUUCAUCAACAACGCCAUGACGUCCCUUUACUCAGGCUGGAGCAGUUUCACAGUUGGAGCCAGUAAAUUUGCAGCAGCUGCAAAAGAUAAUACGGCAAAACUGGCCAGUCAGGCAACUCUAAAGGCGGCUGAGUUAGGCCAAACUUUAAACCAAACUGUUAUCAAACCUACACAGGAGAAGGUUAAAGAUGGAAAGUUGUUUGAUGAAGUCGGCGUCAGCUUCAGUGACUUUGCCUCCAAGGUUCAGGGUGCUGGAGCGAAAGGGUGGAAAGACAUGAGCUCAUUCUUCAGUGGAAAACCAGAUGAAGCUGCUGAUGGUCCUGCAGGGGGCGAUGUGUAUCACAGUGACUCAGCCGGAUAUCAGAACAGCGAAAGUGUCGAUCACGGCUUCUGGGAUGCGUUCGGCACUAGCGCUAACGACAAGACCAGGAAGUCCCCAAGCAGCGAGAGUUGGACACAGGUGGAGAACUCGGGCGGGAAGAAGAGCUCAGACAGCUGGGAGAACUGGGGCUCUGACAACAAGCACAGCACCGGGGACAGCUGGGAGAACUGGGAGAACCACUGGGAGAACGGCGCCGAGAGCAAGAGCAAGAAAAGCCCUAAAGCUGAGGAAGAGGGCUGGGACAAUUCCAACUGGUAAAGUGGCCAGCUAAACAUCUGGGUACAUGGGAACUGGAGAAAACAAACAUACUAUAAAAAACAUCUCUCACACACACCCACGGUGCUGAAACAUCACCACACACUUCUGUACACAGGUAACACUCCAUCAUGACUCAGCACUUUACUACAACACCUCCAUUCUGGUUCUGUCCUAAACCGUGACGUUCACUGUUAGCAGCGUGACCAGAAUGUCACCUAUUUCGGCUCUGUCCCAAAUACAUCACAAAUAAUUUACUGUUUGUUUAUUGUUAUAAAUUGACAAGUUUUAGCUCUGAUGGUAAAAAAUUAGAGCUAAUACAGCUAGCACUAGCUAGUGACUAAUAAACAGUGCUCUAGUGUUACCAUAGCAACCCCACACACACACACAUACACACACACACACACACACACACACACACAGCCUUUAAUCGGGAAAAUGAAGAUGGACCAGCUGUCAGUUUCUCACACUUUAUAUUUCUUUACCACACACGCACAGACUCGUGCUGAUGUGGACAUAAGUAUCUCACACACAGGUGUUAGAGAUGUGCGUGUGUGUGUAUUUGGAUGCUCUUGUUUAAAUCAUGUUGUAUAGAUAUUGUUCUACGGUGUGUUUAUGGAUAAUUAUUUCCAGUUAAAGUCUGAUUAAUGUUAAUAGGCCGCACGUAUAAAACACCAGAUAUGUGUUUGGUGUAAAAUAUCCAGCUGUUCCUCUUAGUCUUGAUUAUUUUACAGAUGUAAAGUUGCAGAAACGCUUUCUCCUGAGUGUGUGAACAACCGUUGUGUUUAGGGUGAUCUGCAGCGUUAAUGUGAUGUUUAUUCGUCUUUAGUUAUUUAUUAUUUCAUAUUCUGUCUGAAACACCCAUGAUUAUAAAAGUGUUGAAAACCUAAUCAGAUUAAAGAAUUAAAGAUUAAA